ACCAUAUUUAGGAAUAUGAACCCUUCUGAAAAAGUCAGACAUUCUUGUUUAUUUUUUCUCCCGAGGCCUAUAUAAAGUCUACCACGAUCAUCACUCUUCCAUAAAGACAUCAGCAACACACAAAUAUAAAUCGUAUAUCACAUUCGAGAGAAGUAAAAGAACUAAGAAUACAAUGCCUGAGAUCGAAGGUUCUCCGGGCACCUCGAUGCAUGGAGUCACCGGCCGGGAACCAGUGCUGGCGUUCUCUGUUGCGUCUCCGAUGGUGCCCACUGAUACGACGGCGAAAUUCGACCUCCCCGUGGACUCUGAACAUAAGGCAAAAGUGUUUAAGCUGUUCUCAUUUGCAAACCCUCACAUGAGAACCUUCCAUCUCUCGUGGAUCUCUUUCUUCACCACUUUUGUCUCCACCUUUGCGGCGGCGCCACUCGUUCCCAUCAUCCGGGACAACCUGGAUCUCAAUAAAGCUGACAUCGGGAACGCCGGUGUUGCCUCCGUUUCCGGUAGUAUCUUCUCGAGGCUGGUUAUGGGUGCGGUAUGCGACUUGUUGGGGCCUCGUUACGGCUGUGCUUUCCUGAUCAUGAUGUCAGCACCUACCGUCUUCUGCAUGUCUUUUGUCAGCGACGCUAGUGGCUACAUAGCCGUGAGAUUCAUGAUCGGAUUUUCUUUAGCUACGUUCGUUUCGUGCCAAUAUUGGAUGAGCACCAUGUUUAACAGCAAGAUCAUUGGGCUGGUGAACGGGACGGCGGCUGGGUGGGGGAACAUGGGUGGUGGAGCCACGCAACUCCUGAUGCCGGUGUUGUUUGAGAUCAUCAAGAAGGCCGGGGCAACGCCGUUCACGGCUUGGAGGAUUGCGUUUUUCAUACCAGGGUGGCUUAACGUAAUCAUGGGGAUAUUUGUGUUGACUCUUGGUCAAGAUUUGCCUGAUGGUAAUCUGGGUGCUCUUCAGAAGAAGGGUGAUGUUGCCAAAGAUAAAUUCGGCAAGGUAUUGUGGUAUGCUGUGACAAACUAUCGAACAUGGAUCUUUGUACUUCUCUACGGUUAUUCCAUGGGUGUCGAGUUGACCAUUGACAAUGUGAUCGCAGAAUACUUCUAUGACAGAUUUGAUCUAAAGCUUCACCUUGCCGGAAUCAUUGCGGCCUGCUUCGGAAUGGCAAACCUCCUAGCUCGUCCAUUUUGGUGGGUUCACAUCGGAUUACAUGGCCAAACGAUGGGGAAUGAGAGGUCGACUCUGGAACCUAUGGCUACUCCAAACAGCUGGCGGCGUUUGCUGUGUCUUCCUAGGCCUAGUAAACUCGCUACCAUUAGCCAUCACCUUUAUGAUGCUCUUCUCCAUCGGUGCACAGGCAGCAUGCGGAGCCACCUUCGGCAUCGUUCCCUUCAUUUCCCGGCGAUCAAUGGGUAUCAUCUCUGUUUUGUUCACUUCCCACAAUGGGGAAGUAUGUUUCUUCCGGCCAGUCAAGACAUCGUCAAAGGUAGUGAAGAGAAUUAUUAUGUUGCUGAAUGGACGGAGGAGGAGAAACAGAAAGGGAUGCACCAAGCAAGUCUUAAGUUUGCCGAGAACAGUCGGUCCGAGCGUGGAGGGAAGGUGGCAUCGGCUCCAACACCACCCAACGCCACCCCCAAUUAUGUUUGA